AUGAGAUAGUCACAGUCGAGUGGUCGAGUGUUUCCUGUGUGUUUUACCGCAGCUAAUUUCCUGUCAGUGCAAGUAGAAGAGGUGUUACGCGAUUUUUAUUAAGAUUUUGUGAAGCUGAUCGACGUUUGUUUCGGCAAUCAUAAAAAACAGCACAAAGCGAUGGCCAAUAAAAUGGAAGAAAUUCGAGGAACAAUCGAGGCGUCGCUGAAGGAUGAAUCGAAACCAUGGACCAAAUUUUUCAAGCUCGUCGAAGAAAAAACGAACGUAUCGCGACUGCAUAUAUUUUUAGGUGGUGUCGCAGUCGUUGUUUUGUAUUUGGCAUUUGGAUAUGGCGCUCAGAUUCUGUGCAACGUGAUCGGUGUCGCCUACCCGGCGUACAUAUCCAUGAAAGCGAUCGAAACACGCACGAAGGAGGAUGAUACCAAAUGGCUAACAUAUUGGGUGACGUUCGGUGUGCUGUCUGUAUGUGAGCAUUUCUCUUUCUUUCUGGUUCAGAUCAUCCCCUUCUACUGGCUGUUAAAGUGCAUCUUUCACAUCUGGUGUAUGAUCCCAAUUGAAAACAAUGGAUCAACGAUCAUGUAUAAUAAGGUGAUUCAACCUUAUUUUAAGAAAUACGAAAAAGUUGCCGACGACUUCAUCACUGAAACUACGGACAAGCUGAAACAGACGGCUGGUGAAGUGAUCUCGAAAGUUAAAUCAACUUAAUUGAAUUGUUGCAACACGCACGCAAAUGCAGAAUCGUGGUUCAUCAAGCAUGAAAAAACAAUUGCGUUCUUUGUUCUUGCGUUCCUUUGUCUGUCAAGAAAGAACUAACAGUCAACAAACAUUCGAAAUAUACGAAUAGCCAACCCCAAAGA